UUGUUAAGAGCAGUGACCACUAUUGUUAACGGUGAAGCCAAACUGAGGAUGUUAUUCAGUCACAGAGUCUAUUUGAUCUGGUCUAUUUGUUCAGGAGGAGACAACGUCAAAGUUCAGUUUUGUAUUCAAUUCUCUGCUCUUGGCCCCACAAAAAAAGACACGGCAGCACACAGCGAAGUGAAGCCUUCAGGAUGCAGGUGAUAGUGACAGUGGUAUCUGUGGCCUGCCUGCUGGUCAGUCCAACACUGGCUGCAAUCAAAGACCUCAGUUCGCAUUUUAGUAACCCUAAUCCGGACCCCCGGGGCUUGCAAGCUCAGGUGGCAGAGGAUAUGGAAGCCAUCCCCUUGGACUUCCACAAAGAAAACACAAUCACCAACGACCUGGUUUUCGAUGGCUUUGAGGACGAAGAUUACAUUGAUUUUGAUAAGAUUUUGUCAGCAGGCAGUGACGACUACGUUGAGGGGGAUGAAAUUGAUGAGAUAGCCACUCCUGCACCGGACAUCGACAUAUUCGCAGAACCCUCCGACCCAAAGAUUCGCCGUGCCAGACUCCUGCGGCUCUUCCACGGCCGUUCCCGCCUCCAACGCCUCAACAUCAUCAACGCCCGCUUCGGCUUUAACCUCUAUCGAAGUCUCCGCAAUGACGUCAACCAGACUGACAACAUCCUGCUUGCACCUGCUGGGAUCUCCAUUGCUAUGGGGAUGAUGUCGUUGGGAGGUGGUCCCACAACCCACGAACAGCUCUACAAGGUUCUGGGAUUUGCAGAUUUUGUCAAUGCGAGCAGCCACUACGACAACACAACAGUGCAUAAGCUCUUCAGGAAGUUGACCCACAGGCUGUUCCGGAGAAACUUUGGCUACACGCUGCGCUCCGUGAACGAUGUCUACGUAAAGAAGGACGUCUCAGUCAAAGAUGCUUUCCGUGCAGAGACAAAAGCUUAUUAUUUUGCAGAGCCGCAGUCUGUGGACUUUAGGGACCCUUCCUUUUUGACCAAGGCUAACAGACGCAUCCUAAAGAUCACAAAGGGGUUAAUCCAAGAUCCACUUAAGAGUGUUGACCCAAAUAUGGUCCUGAUGUUGCUCAACUACCUGUACUUUAAAGGCACAUGGGAGCAGAAAUUUCCCAAAGAGAUGACCCACUAUCGAAACUUCAGAGUGAAUGAAAAGACAAAUGUGCGAGUGCCGAUGAUGACCAACAAGGGGAACUACCUGGCCGCUGCUGACCAUGAACUUGACUGUGACGUCCUCCAGCUCCCGUACUCAGGAGACAUCAGCAUGCUCAUUGCUUUGCCGAGGAAGAUAACCGGCAUGAGGACUUUGGAGCAGGAGAUCUCACCCACAGUGGUCAACAAGUGGCUCCAAAACAUGACUAACAGGACUCGUGAGGUGGUGAUACCUCGCUUCAAACUGGAGCAGAACUAUGACUUGGUAGACAAUUUGAAGGAGAUGGGGCUCACUGACUUGUUCCAGAACGGUGCAGACUUCUCUGGAAUGACCUCAGAUAAGGUUUCCAUGAACUGGCUUAAGCACCAGGGGACGAUCACAGUCAACGAGGAAGGCACUGAGGCGGCUGCUCUGACCCAGGUGGGCUUCAUGCCGCUCUCCUCCCAGAUCCGCUUCGUUGUAGAUCAUCCCUUCCUCUUCCUCAUUUAUGAGCGCCGCACGCAGUGCUUUGUGUUCAUGGGUCGAGUGGUCAAUCCUUCACAGAACUAAAAUUUGAAAAAUGCAGUGCCAGUCUUCUAUACUAGCUCAAUGUUGUGGGGGGGGCUGUGUUUAAUACAUUUUCUUUACUGUAAAUUGAGAAUGUAAUGGGGAGCAAUGAGCCCUUAUGUGUGUGCUGUGCAAUGGAUGCUAUCCUGUGUCUGUUAAUGUUCAUUUUUUUUGCAAUGUAUUUUGGAGAAACACCUUUGGGUGACCUCCAUGGCCUGCUGUCAUGAAACUAAUAAGAACUGACUACAAAAACAAAUAAUAAAAUAUUUUAUGACUCUCCACUACAAACUAAUAA